AUGAUUGGGGCGAAAACCCCGUGGCCGGCCCUUUCAGGGGUUCCCGAGGCAGCAAACUCACUAAACCAGAAUUUUCUUACCUGCGUAUUGAACCUUCACGCCGACGCGAAAUCGUUCAUUUCGCACAACGAGCAGGCCGGAAAACAGCUUCUAAAGCCUGUUAUCGACUUCUUCGAGCAGGUAGUCACCUACUGCGGUUUCAUGCAACGCCAAACGACGGAUAUUCUCGAUAGGAAUGCUCAUUUAGGCCCUGAGCUGGCUUCGAUCAAGCAGACCCUUCAGAACGCCUCCGUGGUCAGGAAUGCGCCUCCUCCAGCCUAUACGAUUUCUACUCACGACUCCUCCAGCACCGCCCCGGCCACCCCGUCAGAGCUCAGCAAGGACCGCGAAGUAAUCGUUAAACUGCGAGAUGCUAGUGCCCAGAAGACCUACUGA